AUGGUUGAACCUGUAGGCAACCACUAUGUUGUUGCAAGACGAGUGUACUCAGAGAAUUCAUUUGAUGAAGAGCAUGAGAAAUUGCACAGAUACCAUAAAAACUUCUGGGAUCACUUGAAACUAUAUUUUCGUUGUUCCCCACAAAGGAUCAAAAGGGUUGCCCUGCGUAUGUUUCCUGUCGUCUCGUGGCUGCCCGCAUACCGCUUCAGGGAGUGGAUCCUGAGCGACAUCGUCUCUGGCAUCAACACGGGUUUGGUGGCAGUGCUACAAGGUCUCGCAUUUGCUUUGCUGGUGAAUGUCCCUCCUGGUUAUGGACUCUAUGCAGUGUUUUUCCCAGUCCUGGUCUAUUUUAUCUUUGGUACAUCCAGACAUAUCUCAGUGGGUCCCUUCCCCGUCCUGAGCCUGAUGGUGGGAGGCGUUGUCACCAGGCUGGUCCCCGAUGAUGCUGCUGGAAAUGGCACUGCCACCAACACGUCAGCUAUAGAUGAACAGAGGGUGAUGGUAGCUGCAUCUGUCACCUUUCUAUCCGGGAUUUUUCAGUUGCUUCUGGGACUUCUCCAGUUUGGAUUCAUAGUCAUUUACUUAUCGCACUCGUUAAUCAGUGGCUUCACAACUGCUGCAGCCAUCCAUGUUCUGGUGUCCCAGCUCAAGUUCAUGCUUCAGCUGCCUGUCCCUGGAUUUAAUAAACCAUUUGGCAUCAUCUAUACUCUGGAGAGCGUGUUCAGCCAGAUCACCGACACCAACAUCGCCGACCUUGUCACCUCCCUUCUCGUCUUGUUCAUUGUGUUUGUGGUGAAAGAGAUAAAUGAUCGCUACAAAGCAAAGCUACCCACCCCUAUCCCCAUCGAGCUCAUUGUGACCGUCUUAGCAGCGCUGAUUUCCCAUUUUGCUAAAUUGGAAGAAAAAUUUAAAGUAGCUGUUGUGGGAAAACUAGAAGAAGGAUUCCAAGCUCCUGUUGCACCUGAUGCAGGCAUUAUUCAAAAGUGUGUUGGUGAUGGCAUCUCCAUUGCAAUUGUUGGAUUUGCAGUAGCCUUCUCUGUGGCUAAAGUGUAUUCCAUCAAACACGACUAUCCAAUAGAUGGCAACCAGGAACUAAUUGCCUUUGGACUGGGUAAUAUAUUAGGUGGAUCGUUCAAAGGGUUUGCCUCCAGUACAGCUUUGUCAAGAUCAGGUGUACAGGAGAGCACAGGAGGCAAAACGCAGAUUGCUGGUAUUAUCUCUGCUAUCAUCGUCCUGAUUGUCAUCUUGGCCAUUGGGUUUCUUCUGGCACCAUUACAAAAGUCAGUCCUUGCAUCCUUGGCUCUUGGCAACUUGAAGGGAAUGCUCAUGCAGUUCAGAGAAGUAGGCGUCCUGUGGAGGAAGGACAAAUAUGACUGUAUAAUCUGGGUGGUGACCUUCUUGGUGGCCGUUUUCCUAGGCCUGGACAUUGGGCUGGCAACAGCUGUGGCAUUCGAACUGCUGACUGUAGUGAUCCGCUCCCAGAUUCCGAGCUGCACUACUUUGGCAAACGUUGGGAGGAGCAACAUCUACAGAAACAGGAAGGAUUACACCGAUAUCUAUGAGCCAGAGGGAGUGAAGAUCUUCAAAUGCUCAUCUCCUAUCUUCUUUGCUAAUAUUGAGUUCUUCAAAGAGAAACUCAUCUCUGCUGUUGGAUUCAACCCACUCAGAGUCCUAAGGAAACGCAACAAAGCUCUGAGAAAGAUCAGAAAGAUGCUGAAGAAAGGAGAGCUACAAGUGACGCCUAAAGGCUUGAUAUGCAUGGCUCACAAUACGCAGGAGUCGGAUGAUGAAUUAGACAACAACAGGAUGGAGGAACUGGACCAGCCCACUGACAUGGCAGACUUGCCUGUUCAGAUCAACUGGGAUGCCGAGCUGCCCCCAGGCAUCGUUGUGCCCCGGGUCGACAUCCACAGCAUCGUGCUGGACUUCUCAGCAGUGUCCUUCCUUGAUUUUUCUGCUAUGAGAGUCCUCCAAAAGACUUUGAAAGAGUUUGUCCGGAUCGAUAUCGACAUUUACAUUGCAGGGGCAAACGAGGGCUUCCUGGAGAAGCUGGAGAGAUGUGCUUUUUUUGAUGAGGAGAUCAAGCCAUCCAUGUUCUUCCUCACCAUUCAUGAUGCAGUUUUACACAUUUUGCUGAAGAAGGAUAUAGCCAGCUCCCCAAAAUUAAAGCUUGCUGAGAAGGGGAGCAGCAAUGAUUAUGUCAUCACUACCAGCAAUGGACUGCGCAGUCAGGAGAGCACGAUUCCAGCGGAAACAAAAUUUUAG